ACCGUCACAUAUGUUUAAGAGUUCUUAAAGAAAUGACCGAUAGGGCACAGUAUUUUAGUUUGAACAGAAUUCUUCUCGUCACUGUAGGUUUGUGGCCUUAUGAGCAAUCAAAAUUUGACCGACUUUGGUUUAUUUUCCUCUUUAGUAUUCUGACGACUGCUAUUUUAUUUCAAUUUACUACAUUUUUUACUUCAAAAUACACAACUGAUUUCUUCAUCGAAGUUUUAACUAACGCACUCUUUUUUACUAUUUUUGCGAUAAAAUACAUCUUCUUCGCUAUUAACAUCGAAGCUGUAAAAAAUUUAUUGACACAAUUUCAACAUAUACACGAUCAUCUGAAAAAUAAAUAUGAAUGCGCUAUCAUUGAAAAAUAUAGCUACGAUGCAAAACGUUAUACGACUGGUCUUACAGUGUUUUACAUUUGUGGUAUAAUUAUUCUUGUUGGCAUACAAUGUACAUUCAAUAUAACUGGUGCCAUUUUGCAAACAAACGUAUCUCAACCACGUCGUCUACCGAUUACGACAGAGUAUUUUGUUGAUCAAGAAAAAUAUUUCUUUUUAAUGCUAGUGCAUUUAAAUGCAGCACUUUGCAUUGGAACAGGUGCAAUGGUGGCAACCGGAGCAAUGCUUAUUGCAUAUCUUAUACACAUGUGUGGACUAUUUAAAAUCGCUAGUUAUCGCAUUGAACACGCAAUGAGAGUCAGUAUGUUAGAAAAUAUUACUCCAGAGAAGAAUAUAUUGAUAUUAAAAGAAAUAAAAUGUGCCGUAGAUAUCCAUCGGCAAGCAAUGAAAUUAUCCAAAUUUUUGGUAUCCAAAUUUGAAGCAAUGUUGUUCUGUUUAAUAACAACAGGAGUAACAUCAUUGAGCCUUAAUCUGCUUCAGAUUUUUCGACUAAUGUCGAGUGGAGCUAAUAUUGAUGAAAUUUUCAAUCCCUCUUUAUUUACACUUGUCAGUGUUAUAUAUAUGUUCUGCGCCAACUAUAUGGGGCAACAUUUAACAGAUCAUAAUAAACAUAUAUUUGUUGCUGCGUACAACGUCCAGUGGUACAUAGCUCCAUUACGUAUACAAAGAUUGAUACUAUUUCUAUUGCAGAGAAAUGCUCAGGAAUUUACUGUAGGUGUUGGUGGAUUAUUUACUGGAUCGUUAGAGUGUUUCGCUACGUUGGUGAAAGCUUCGGUCUCUUACUUUACUGUCAUAUAUUCAACGCAAUAAUAAGAUAAG